ACCGAUCACGUUCGAGAAUUUUUUAUAAAUGCGACUAUACAAAAUAUAGCUUACAUGGUAAUAUCUGUUGCAGUUGUUAUACCACAAUCCUUAGUCGUGUACGCAUUAGACGGUUUGAGACGUGGAAGAGACAUCAGCCGAACUAAGGCCCCAUCAGCUUCUCUCAUGGGUGUGGGUACUGCCCAAGGCCCAGAUGGUCGCCGGGACGGAUCUUUACGGUUCUAUGGGCGACGAAACAGCUACGUUGAAAUUCCUAACACUGGAAAAUUGGACGUUAGAUACUCAAUAACCAUCCUUAUUUGGGUGUUCCAUGAAGGCGUAUCAGGGCCUAUCUUUAAUUACAAUCCACGAGGCUUCGGCGUCCACUUAUGGAUGACAGGUCGGCGCCAACUUUUCGCGCGCUUUGUGACACGGUCGCGGCGUUUUACGAGGCCGAUUACAAGUGGACGUAUGAAAUACAAGGCUUGGAACUAUGUGGGUGCAACCUACGACCGAAGGACUCGCAUUGCCACCCUGUACAUUAACUCGAUACCAGUUGCAUAUAGAAGAAUCGGCCGCAUACAGUUAUCCACCAACUAUCCCGUGAGGCUUGGCGCUCGGAUUGGCGACAGGCGUUACUUCCAUGGAAGACUCUUUUGUGCGCAGGUCUACAGCCGUGCGCUUAACAAGAAACAGAUUUUCCGGGCCAAGAGGAGGUGCUUUCUACCAGUUCCACCUCCUACUGUUCCUCCCAAGCCUAGUCCAACACCAGCCCCACGUGUUUGUAGGCAGCGAAUCGAUCUUGGCUUCCUCGUUGACGCAUCCCGCAGCAGAUACGGUUCCCGCGCGAUCCUGCGAUUCAUCAAGGACACAAUCAGGCGUUUUGAAGUAUCCGUCUCCAAAACGAGAAUCGGCAUCGUACAGUUCACCUCUAGAGUCAGGCUGAUCUUGCGCUUUGGGAGAACUUACAAUCCAGUACGAAUUGGCAGACUAAUAGACCAGAUCCAAUUGAACGGUCGCGGGGGUAGAUACCUAGGAAAAGCUCUGAGUUACACAGAGCGGUAUCUGUUUAGAAGCAGACCUCGUUGCGGACGCAGAAGGGUCCUCAUUGUUUUGACAACAGGAGAGUCGCGCGAUGCCGUAAAAAUGCCGGCAGGACGCUUGUUUUCAUCCGGUGUUGAAAUUUAUGCGAUUGGUCUGGGUACAGUGAGGAGGAAAUCACUGCAGCGUAUUGCUACUGUGUGUAAACAGGUGUUUAGAGUCCAUACAAGACAACUGGUGUCACUUAGUAGAAUAAUCCAAGACAAGAUUUGCAGUUCAACAGUAAUCGUAUCAAGUGGAGCUGUGGCUCUUUACCCAUUUACGAGUGCCUCAAGCGGACGUGACGCUAGCAAGUACAGGAACCCGACGGCAAAGAUAAAGGGGCUCUCAUUCAUUCAAGGCCCGGACGGACAUCCACAGGGAGCUUACUAUUUCCCAGGGCUACGAAGAACAAGAGGGAGAAGAAGAAGAGGAAGCUAUGCUUUGAUUCCAAACGACGGGUGUCUAGACACACGGUACUCUAUAACGAUCAUUGCCUGGAUCUACCCGGAGAAACCUGGACCCAUAGUACACUACAAUCCCAAGGGAUGGGGCCUCCAUUUGUGGCUGACCCAUCCCAACGAACUCUACUUCCGGUUGAUGCCGAGGCGAGGCUCGCGUCGUAAUGUGAAACCGCUGACAACCCGAAGCCUAAAGCGGUACACUUGGAACUACAUCACUGCUACUUACGACCAUCGCACAGGUCUUGCAACUCUUUGGAUCAAUGGGAACCCUGUAUCUCAAAGGAAUGUCGGAAAAUUCACUCUGGGGCUCGCUACUAACUAUCCUGUCAUUGUGGGUCAGAGACCAGGGGACCGUCGCGUGUUUCGUGGGCGUAUUGCUUGUUUGCAGAUAUAUAACAGGGCCUUAACGCGAGCACAGAUUGUUACUAGGCAGAGGCAGUGCUUCAGAACAGUACCUACGCCAAGACCAACGCAAAAGCCAACUACCGCUCGACCAGGACACCCACCCCCAACACCUCCACCACCAGCCUGCAAAACCUUUGUAGACCUAGGAUUCCUGAUCGAUGGCUCUGGAAGCAUUGAAUACCAUGGUCGUGGUAACUUCAAGCUGAUGCUUAACUUCAUCAAGUCCAUUGUCGUCACGCUACCUAUUUCAAGAACUCAGUCACGCGUUGGCGCAGUUCUCUUCUCCACGAGUCCCAUUCCACUGUUUAGGUUUGGCCAGCUGAACACUGUCACGCAUAUACAGCAAGCUAUCGACAGCAUCCGGUACCCGCGGGGUAGAACGUACAUCGGCAAGGCGCUAGCCUUCACCAGGAGAUACCUAUUCAGAGGACGCAGACGCCGUAAUCGCAAGCGUAUUCUAAUCAUACUUACAGACGGCAUAUCACAGGAUCGCGUUGCCAGGCAGGCUUCACUGUUGAGAGCUAAACAGGUGGAGAUUUUCACGGUUGGUAUCGGAAAAGCGCUCAAAAGGCGUCAACUACUGCAGAUUGCUACAGAUAGGAAUCACGUUUCUGUUGUAUCAUUCAGAGGACUGGCCGCAUUGUCCAAGGCGAUACGGUCAAAAAUAUGUCAACUUAUCACCCCUACAGUUGGACCAAUUAUACCUACGCCAACUAGAAUUGUUAUACCACAAUCCUUAGUCGUGUACGCAUUAGACGGUUUGAGACGUGGAAGAGACAUCAGCCGAACUAAGGCCCCAUCAGCUUCUCUCAUGGGUGUGGGUACUGCCCAAGGCCCAGAUGGUCGCCGGGACGGAUCUUUACGGUUCUAUGGGCGACGAAACAGCUACGUUGAAAUUCCUAACACUGGAAAAUUGGACGUUAGAUACUCAAUAACCAUCCUUAUUUGGGUGUUCCAUGAAGGCGUAUCAGGGCCUAUCUUUAAUUACAAUCCACGAGGCUUCGGCGUCCACUUAUGGAUGACAGGUCGGCGCCAACUUUUCGCGCGCUUUGUGACACGGUCGCGGCGUUUUACGAGGCCGAUUACAAGUGGACGUAUGAAAUACAAGGCUUGGAACUAUGUGGGUGCAACCUACGACCGAAGGACUCGCAUUGCCACCCUGUACAUUAACUCGAUACCAGUUGCAUAUAGAAGAAUCGGCCGCAUACAGUUAUCCACCAACUAUCCCGUGAGGCUUGGCGCUCGGAUUGGCGACAGGCGUUACUUCCAUGGAAGACUCUUUUGUGCGCAGGUCUACAGCCGUGCGCUUAACAAGAAACAGAUUUUCCGGGCCAAGAGGAGGUGCUUUCUACCAGUUCCACCUCCUACUGUUCCUCCCAAGCCUAGUCCAACACCAGCCCCACGUGUAAUCGUAUCAAGUGGAGCUGUGGCUCUUUACCCAUUUACGAGUGCCUCAAGCGGACGUGACGCUAGCAAGUACAGGAACCCGACGGCAAAGAUAAAGGGGCUCUCAUUCAUUCAAGGCCCGGACGGACAUCCACAGGGAGCUUACUAUUUCCCAGGGCUACGAAGAACAAGAGGGAGAAGAAGAAGAGGAAGCUAUGCUUUGAUUCCAAACGACGGGUGUCUAGACACACGGUACUCUAUAACGAUCAUUGCCUGGAUCUACCCGGAGAAACCUGGACCCAUAGUACACUACAAUCCCAAGGGAUGGGGCCUCCAUUUGUGGCUGACCCAUCCCAACGAACUCUACUUCCGGUUGAUGCCGAGGCGAGGCUCGCGUCGUAAUGUGAAACCGCUGACAACCCGAAGCCUAAAGCGGUACACUUGGAACUACAUCACUGCUACUUACGACCAUCGCACAGUACCUACGCCAAGACCAACGCAAAAGCCAACUACCGCUCGACCAGUUAUAUUUUCAUUUAUUUUUCUGUCUUUCUCUUUAGUUUGUGCGAUAUCCGUAGAUCUGGGAUUUCUCAUUGAUGGCUCGUCCAGUAUCGAGCGUUAUGGCAGAGGAAACUUUGCGCGCCUGCUCAACUUCGUCAAGUCUCUCGUGAGUUUCUUUCCAAUAUCUCGCCAAGAAACACAUGUCGGUGUCGUCCUGUACACGAGCCGGUCUAUACCCAUCUUCAACUUCAACCGGUACUAUACUAGAGCCCUCAUCUUGAGAGCUAUUGACAACUUGAGGUAUCCUCGCGGUGGUACCUACAUCGGCAAGGCACUGUCAUUUGCCCGACGCUAUCUUUACAGAGGAAGACCUGCAUCUGGUAGGAAACGGGUGCUUGUUGUGCUCACUGAUGGCGUUUCCCAGGACAGUGUAAGCUCGCCGGCGCGCCGUCUCCGAGCUUCAGGCUGCGAGAUCUUCGUGUUAGGAAUUGGACGAGGAUACAGGAAAUCACAGCUGAGGCAGAUAGCCACUGAUAACAGUCAUGUGUUUACGGUCUCCUUCCGAUCCCUUGGAAAAGUGAUACAAAAUAUUAAAACCAAAGCCUGCCAGAAGCCUCUGCCUACGCCAAGCAACAUUAAGAAGGAAGCUAUUGAAGUGCACGUAAUUGUCGUGCCAAUAGUCUCGCGGAGAACCGAUCACGUUCGAGAAUUUUUUAUAAAUGCGACUAUACAAAAUAUAGCUUACAUGGUAAUAUCUGUUGCAGUUGUUAUACCACAAUCCUUAGUCGUGUACGCAUUAGACGGUUUGAGACGUGGAAGAGACAUCAGCCGAACUAAGGCCCCAUCAGCUUCUCUCAUGGGUGUGGGUACUGCCCAAGGCCCAGAUGGUCGCCGGGACGGAUCUUUACGGUUCUAUGGGCGACGAAACAGCUACGUUGAAAUUCCUAACACUGGAAAAUUGGACGUUAGAUACUCAAUAACCAUCCUUAUUUGGGUGUUCCAUGAAGGCGUAUCAGGGCCUAUCUUUAAUUACAAUCCACGAGGCUUCGGCGUCCACUUAUGGAUGACAGGUCGGCGCCAACUUUUCGCGCGCUUUGUGACACGGUCGCGGCGUUUUACGAGGCCGAUUACAAGUGGACGUAUGAAAUACAAGGCUUGGAACUAUGUGGGUGCAACCUACGACCGAAGGACUCGCAUUGCCACCCUGUACAUUAACUCGAUACCAGUUGCAUAUAGAAGAAUCGGCCGCAUACAGUUAUCCACCAACUAUCCCGUGAGGCUUGGCGCUCGGAUUGGCGACAGGCGUUACUUCCAUGGAAGACUCUUUUGUGCGCAGGUCUACAGCCGUGCGCUUAACAAGAAACAGAUUUUCCGGGCCAAGAGGAGGUGCUUUCUACCAGUUCCACCUCCUACUGUUCCUCCCAAGCCUAGUCCAACACCAGCCCCACGUGUUUGUAGGCAGCGAAUCGAUCUUGGCUUCCUCGUUGACGCAUCCCGCAGCAGAUACGGUUCCCGCGCGAUCCUGCGAUUCAUCAAGGACACAAUCAGGCGUUUUGAAGUAUCCGUCUCCAAAACGAGAAUCGGCAUCGUACAGUUCACCUCUAGAGUCAGGCUGAUCUUGCGCUUUGGGAGAACUUACAAUCCAGUACGAAUUGGCAGACUAAUAGACCAGAUCCAAUUGAACGGUCGCGGGGGUAGAUACCUAGGAAAAGCUCUGAGUUACACAGAGCGGUAUCUGUUUAGAAGCAGACCUCGUUGCGGACGCAGAAGGGUCCUCAUUGUUUUGACAACAGGAGAGUCGCGCGAUGCCGUAAAAAUGCCGGCAGGACGCUUGUUUUCAUCCGGUGUUGAAAUUUAUGCGAUUGGUCUGGGUACAGUGAGGAGGAAAUCACUGCAGCGUAUUGCUACUGUGUGUAAACAGGUGUUUAGAGUCCAUACAAGACAACUGGUGUCACUUAGUAGAAUAAUCCAAGACAAGAUUUGCAGUUCAACAGUAAUCGUAUCAAGUGGAGCUGUGGCUCUUUACCCAUUUACGAGUGCCUCAAGCGGACGUGACGCUAGCAAGUACAGGAACCCGACGGCAAAGAUAAAGGGGCUCUCAUUCAUUCAAGGCCCGGACGGACAUCCACAGGGAGCUUACUAUUUCCCAGGGCUACGAAGAACAAGAGGGAGAAGAAGAAGAGGAAGCUAUGCUUUGAUUCCAAACGACGGGUGUCUAGACACACGGUACUCUAUAACGAUCAUUGCCUGGAUCUACCCGGAGAAACCUGGACCCAUAGUACACUACAAUCCCAAGGGAUGGGGCCUCCAUUUGUGGCUGACCCAUCCCAACGAACUCUACUUCCGGUUGAUGCCGAGGCGAGGCUCGCGUCGUAAUGUGAAACCGCUGACAACCCGAAGCCUAAAGCGGUACACUUGGAACUACAUCACUGCUACUUACGACCAUCGCACAGGUCUUGCAACUCUUUGGAUCAAUGGGAACCCUGUAUCUCAAAGGAAUGUCGGAAAAUUCACUCUGGGGCUCGCUACUAACUAUCCUGUCAUUGUGGGUCAGAGACCAGGGGACCGUCGCGUGUUUCGUGGGCGUAUUGCUUGUUUGCAGAUAUAUAACAGGGCCUUAACGCGAGCACAGAUUGUUACUAGGCAGAGGCAGUGCUUCAGAACAGGUACUUAAAAGAUACUGAAGAGGUUGUCUGCUCUUUUUAAAAUUAGCAACGAAGGAAUAGGAGAUGAGACUUUAAACGAGAUUUUAACGAGAUUCAAGCAUAAUAACUCUACUUGCCCUCCCCACCGUGAUGUUCUUCCAACAGAGAAUAUCUACACUGGAAGCUUCAAAUAACAGCUUUUAUUAAAAGUUAAUUUGUUUGUCGGUCAAAUUUCUUUCGUCAGUAUU